GCCUAUUCCAUCCAACAUCCCGCUGCCUUUCUACUUGUUUCUGGUCAAACAAACAUACAUGACUUAUUAAACAGUCCUGACCAUAAUCCUAGACACCCAUGCUUUACCUGACCAGCAUCCUCUCUUUGCUUACCGCGUCCGCCUUCUCCGCCGCUGUCCCCGGCCUUCCUCCUACCACCACCGCAUCAUCACCAUCAACAGCAACAACCACCCCUCUCCCACUUCUAAUCUGGCACGGCCUAGGAGAUGACUUCUCCCGAGACGGCCUCAAGGAAGCCGCUGCGCUCGCUGAAUCCGUAAACCCAGGCACCUAUGUCCACCUCAUAAGCCUCUCCUCCACCCCCUCCGGCGAUCGCCAAGCCACCUUCCUAGGCAACCUAACGACCCAAAUCGCAGACGUCUGCGACCAGCUCUCCUCAGAUCCAAUCCUCCGCACCGCGCCCGCCGUGAACGCCCUGGGUUUCUCACAGGGUGGCCAGUUCCUCCGCGCCUACGUCGAGCGCUGCAAUUUCCCCCGCGUGCAUAACCUAGUCACCUUCGGCAGCCCGCAUAACGGCAUCGCGGAAUUCUACGACUGCGCACCCACAGACUGGCUCUGUCGAUCUGGCGAGUCAUUGUUACGAUUCGGUCUGUGGUCGGACUUCGUGCAGUCGCGGCUCGUUCCUGCGCAGUACUUCCGGGACCCUGAGGAACUGGAUGAUUAUCUCCUCCAUAGCAAUUUUCUGGCGGAUAUUAAUAAUGAGCGGGAUGUGAAGAACGUUACGUAUCGGGAGAAUAUGGUGGGCUUGAAUCGGUUUGCUAUGUUUAUGUUUGAGGAGGAUCAGACGGUUAAUCCGAAGGAGAGUUCGUGGUUUGCGGAGGUUAAUGCUACCAGUGGGAGGGUGAUGAUGUUGAAUGAACGGCCGCUCUAUACAGAGGAUUGGAUUGGGUUGCGCUCGUUGGACGAGAGGGGGAAGCUGGACUUUCUCACUGUUCCUGGUAGUCAUAUGCAGCUGACGGAUUCGCUGCUGGAGGAGACAUACAGGAAAUUUUUCGGCCCUGUUGAUGUUGAGCUUCUGGGGCAUCAUCGGGUUGGUGACGAUGAUACGGGCUUCUCUUUCGUUAAGCAGGGCUAAUUAGUCUCAAUCCGGAAUCUGUAUCUAUGAAGCAUUAUUAUUCAGGU